AUGGCAACAUUUCGGAGUAUGACAGCAAAUCGUCAGCCAUUGCAAGACUUCGAUAGGGAAGUUUCGAGAGCCUACAGCUCAGAGUCGUUAGACGCAAAGAGCAGACUGUUCGAUACCACGCUGCCUUUGCAUCUUUUUGAAUGGUCGCAGGGCAGUCAAGAUGGAUUAGAGAUUAGCGACAUCAAGUCUGUCUCUGAACUGGAAGCAAGGGAGCCGGCGACAGUCCGAGUGAUAUUCGCCCCGCGAGACGUUCCAGUCCCAGAAACUGUUGGCGGACUGUUAAGAUUGUUCGAUAAGUUUGGCAUUCCAAGCGCAUUUGUUGCCGAGAGCAUGCAAAAUAUCUCGCAGUCUUUUGCAGCUCAGAAGGACAUCGAUGGCACAACAUACGUAUGGUUCCAUUUUCUCUGCAAGACUGUGUCUGUAUCAGAGGGGCGUAUCGUCCAUCAACAGGCUGUUGCAAAAGAUAAGGAUGAAGCUGAUCAGCUUCGCACUCGGGCACAAAAGCUAAGCCAGGCAGAUUUCAACUGGUUAAAGCCAGGGUUUGUCCUGAAAGUUAGGAAGCAGCAAAGUUCGUCAAUACCUCUGAGCCGGACAAGGACUUCGAGCAGUGAUGCAACUAUGGCUGCAGCGUCUUCGGAGCCAAAAGUCGAGCUUUUCUGCUUUGGCGCACCAGCAACACUAGGAGGCCGGUUCCGGAAAUUGAGGGACAUAGCAAUCUGCGAUGAUCUGAUGCAUGAUCCGUACGUGCUGCUAGAGAUCGUUCUUGAAGAGAUGUACAAGGUACUUGACCAAACUGGAUGGGCCAUCUCUCGCAUCUUUGGAGAUAUCGAAACACAAACUCUAGAUAUGGCAACGACACCGGGCAAAGCUCAUGAAUUACCUCGAGAUCAUUUCACCGGCCUUCACAAUCUGGCAAAGCACACAACAUACCUGCGCGAGAACUGCGACUCUGCGCUUGCAACGCUUCAGGGCCUGCGCCAUCACCAUGCAGCAGUGACUGGCAAGCACCCCGAGCCAGCUCAAGAGUUCACUCGACAAGCUCUUGAGUACCGCAAGACCCUCUUUGAGUCUACACAGCGCCGACUGGCCAGUCUAGAUAAGCGCAUGGCGAACAUCAUCCAGCUGUCCUUCCACCUUGUCACCCAAGGCGACAGCCGAAUCAUGCAAUCCGAAAAUCAGAGCAUGAAGACUAUUGCAGUGAUGACUAUGAUUUUCAUGCCACUUAGCACCAUCGCAGGGAUCUUUGGGACUCAGUUCAUGAGGUUGGAUGAGAACGCGCCGUUCCGCAUGCACGUAUCACAGGACUUUUGGCUACUGUGGAUCAUCGCGGCACCGUUGACUGUGACUGUCAUUCUGAUUUGGCGCGUGUGGUAUUACGAUGCGAGAGGACGGUUAAUCGAUGAACUGCCGCCGCGUGGAAAGGGUGAGCGAGGGUGGCUGGGAUGGAAAACGAUGGUUUCAAGACCAAGAAAGCACGACGUUAUGCACACGGACCACGAGAAAGCGCAUGUACAUAACGCGGCAGCGACGGUUCUUUCCACUUAA